AUGCCCGCCCGCGAGCCCCUCGUAGACCUCCCCCUCGACCGCUUCGUCGACGACAACCCCCGCGCUCCGCCACAGAAACGCCCGCUCUCCCCAGGCUCCACCAUUAUUUCCCCGGCCAAACGGCGCAUGCUCGCCCAGGGCGGCCUCGCGUUUCCGUCUGCGCGCGUACGGAGCCCGCUCGUCGACUUUGGCGCGCAGACGUCUGUGCCGUCGUCUUUGAGAAGCGAGGGUGUGGCGAGGAAACUCGACUUUGGGAUGCCCACUCCUUCGGCGUCGAGAGCGUCGCCUGCGCCCGCGUCCAGUGGCGGGGAGAACGUCGCCGCAGAGCCCACGCGGACCAGGACCUCGCCGCGGCUGGCAGCGCGCAUACCAUCCGGCUCGACGCGCCGCUCGCGGCCGCCGAGCAGCAAAGGCUCAACAGCACCGCUCUCGCGCGAACCCACUCCUUCCAAUUCACCCCUCCUCGUCCCGCGCGAGCUGCCGACGCCACACCGCGCCUCAUCACCCAGCCACCCAGGCUUCGACAUCCCGUUCGAUACGCACGUCGAAGUAUCCCGUCAGCGUGCGUCCGUUAAGCCGCCCUCGUCGCGAGGUUCGUCGCGCGAGCCGGACGGGGAGAAUAAGGAGAACUUGAGGCCGACUAGGAAGGCGAGGAAGAGUGGCGAGGGCUCUGGCAAGCCCGCUAGCAAGAGCGGCAAGGCCAGUGCGAAGGACGAUGGGCCGGGCGCCGCGCUCAGGCGAUCGCCGCGCCUCGUUACGCCCAACGCCGGCGUGCCCAUGGAUAUCGAUCUGUAA